UUAUUGCUCUGACUCUACCUGACGCAGCUGAAGCAGUGAGUGAGGAAACCCGCCACCAGCAUCCUGCACCAUGGAGGCGGCCACAGCACCAAAGCCAUGGACAUUACAUGCAUUAGGAGGACACUGCUCACUGUUUCCUAUUUUAAUGUUCAUUUUAAGCCAAUGUUGUCAGAUAAGAGCAGAUGACGGCGGCAUGGAGGAACUUGCCACGGAGAAAGAGGCAGAGGAAAGUCACAGGCAGGACAGCGUGAAUUUACUUACAUUCAUUUUGCUUUUGACACUCACUAUCCUCACAAUAUGGCUCUUCAAACACAGAAGAGUGCGCUUCCUGCACGAAACAGGACUGGCUAUGAUAUACGGUUUGUUGGUGGGUGUUAUUUUGCGAUAUGGCAUCCCCUCCACCAGUUACCAUAAUAAAACUCCUCCGAGUUGCACCCUGCAGGAGGGUCCUCUCAGCACGGUGCUCCUCAACGUUAGCGGAAAGUUCUUUGAGUACACACUCAAGGGGGAGAUCAACCUUAAAGAAAUCCACAGUGUGGAGCAGAAUGACAUGUUGCGCAAGUUGACCUUUGACCCAGAGGUGUUCUUCAACAUUCUGCUACCUCCCAUCAUAUUCCACGCUGGAUACAGCCUCAAAAAGAGACACUUCUUCAGAAACCUAGGAUCCAUCAUAACUUAUGCGUUCCUGGGCACGGCCAUUUCCUGUUUUGUCGUUGGAAACCUCAUGUAUGGCGUGGUGAAACUGAUGCAGGUUUUGGGUCAACUCACUGACAAGUUCUACUACACAGACUGCCUCUUCUUUGGUGCCAUAAUAUCUGCCACGGAUCCAGUCACAGUGCUUGCGAUCUUUAAUGAGCUCCAUGCUGAUGGUGAUCUUUAUGCACUGCUGUUUGGAGAGAGUGUCAUGAACGAUGCAGUCGCCAUAGUCCUUUCAUCGUCAAUUGUGGCGUAUCAGCCUUCAGGAGCCAACACACACACAUUUGAUGCCUCUGCCUUCUUCAAAUCAGUGGGCAUCUUCUUGGGCAUCUUCAGUGGCUCUUUUGCUAUGGGUGCAGUCACUGGAGUAGUCACUGCCCUCGUGACAAAAUUCACCAAGCUGCACUGUUUCCCUCUGCUGGAGACUGCUCUGUUCUUCCUCAUGUCUUGGAGUACUUUUCUACUGGCUGAAGCUUGUGGAUUCACAGGUGUUGUCGCUGUGCUGUUUUGUGGAAUCACACAGGCCCAUUAUACCUACAACAAUCUGUCGGAGGAGUCAACUAAACGUACUAAACAGUUGUUUGAGGUGCUGCACUUCCUAGCAGAGAACUUCAUCUUCUCAUACAUGGGCCUGGCGCUCUUCACCUUUCAGAAUCACGUCUUCAGCCCCAUUUUCAUAUUUGGAGCCUUUAUAGCCAUCUUUAUCGGCCGGUCCUUGAACAUCUAUCCUUUGUCUUUCCUGAUUAACCUGGGCCGAAGACACAAAAUCAGAGGAAACUUUCAGCACAUGAUGAUGUUUGCAGGGCUGCGAGGGGCAAUGGCAUUCGCUCUGGCUAUCCGUGACACCGCCACAUACGCGCGGCAGAUGAUGUUCACCACGACCCUGCUCAUUGUGUUCUUCACAGUUUGGGUGUUUGGAGGAGGCACCACACCAAUGCUGUCCUGGCUACAUAUCAGGGUUGGAGAGACGUCUGCUGCAGAGAAGGAGAGGCUGCGUAGACUGUGGAAUUACGUCAGAGUUGGAGUGGACACUGAUCAGGAUCUUCAGCCAUGUGGGGACAGCUUCCAGGUCCUUCAGGGAGAUGGAACGGAGUCAGAAGGACAGAGCAAGACCAAGCAAGAGAGCGCCUGGCUUUUUAGACUUUGGUAUACUUUUGACCACAACGACUUAAGACCAGUGAAGACGCAUUCACAUCCCGUCCUCCUCUCUUCAUGUCCGACUUGUCACUGUGCUCCGCAGAACCACGAGCCGCUGCGAGACAAUGACUCAGACCUCAUCCUGAACGAAGGAGACCUGGCGCUGACCUAUGGCGACACAGCCAUCACAGCCAACGGGGCCUCGUCCUCCUCCGGCCCCGAAGGAUCGGGCGGCAGCUGGGGUGUGAAUGGCAAACGCAGCGACAGCACGUCAGAAGACGCUCUAGAGCGAGAACUGGACACGCGUGAACAUGAGCUCUUGAGCCGUGGCACACGUCUCGUUUUCCCCAUGGAGGACCAUGCUUGACACCGCCUCCCAAACCUUAAACCACGCCUCCCUGUGCUCCAUACCUCCACUUUCCUUGUACAUUGAUCCAUCGGACCACCCACGACCCCUCCAAAGAUCUCAUGCAGGGGGUCUGAACACUCAAGGGAGAUCAGGAGGGUUUGUUCUCAGAGAAACGGAGGCGACAGUUGAUGCUGUGGCAGACUCCGAUUCUGUGUCUGCCCCUGAAAAUGUGAUUUGUAGAAGAAAAACACUGAUUGUCCUUAUUGCUGUCAUUUAUGAUGAGGGAUUGAUGCCGAACGAUCUCUGCUGCCCUUAACAUUCACAUUCAUACAAUCUCUCACACACACAGCCCGCAGCAUAUUAACAUUUUAGCUUAGUCAUUUUUAGUUUUCUGUUAGAAAUGCUGCUACAAGCUAGAAAUAUGAUUGACAAAUAUGACUGAGCCAGUUUUUCUUUGCAUGAACAGCCAUUAUUAUGGUAAUCAUUUGCAUUUAAAUGCUCGUCUUUCCCAUCAGGCAAAUAAGCGUGCGGUUUGUAAAUAUUCCAUGGCAGUGGUGUUCGUGAAAGCUCACAAACACAAUGGCAACAUUGACACAAGUGCACGCUCAUCUCAUGACUGCAUACGGGAACCUUGUAAUACUCUAGCGAGUUGGCGUUUACACUUCCUGCAAUAUCUUGGUUGUACGAAUGCCAAGUUGACAAGCCUGUCGUUGUAAAUAUGAAUGUUGACCUGCACAGCAGUGGGACAGCUGGAUGCAACAAGAGUGCAUGAGCCAUGCACAUUAGCUGCAGUCCUUGCAUGUUUUGCUUUUAUAUUAGCAUAUUAACCACUUGCACACUCUCAGCCAGAAUUUGUGAUGCAGAACGAUGUAAUUAUCAAGGAGUCUUUAUAUCUGCAUCAAACAUUCCUUUUGCGCCUCCUCACAUUAGAAUGUUCUUGAAGGUGGAUCUUUCCAUAUGUAUGAGUUGCUGCUAUAUAGCAGUCUGCGAUUCCUAUAUCAGGAAUCUGGAGUGUUCGGCAUGAUGUUGACCUGGCUCUUUAUCUGUUCAUACAGUAAACAGGUGGCCUCGUGCCAGUAACCGCCAAUGUGCAUUCCUUCCAUCCUCCGUGUCUAGAAAAGAAUAAUGUUAAUGAAUGCAAGUCUAAAGUCCAAGAGUUUAGUUAAUAACUAAGUCAUCAUUCAUUCCGAUUUAUACUCGACACAAUAAACUAACUUUGCACUCUUUCCAUUCAGUAACUUUUACAAUGGUCUGCACUUGCGCCUGUCUAGUUUGCUUGAGUUGUCACUUCUACGGAAUAUAGUUCAACAUCUGAUAAGAACAUAAAUGUGAAUCAAGGAGAUUUGCACUAUUUAUGUGGCGUUUCAGCUAGCAAAUGAGCCUCACGGGCUUCGUGGCAAUCGCCAUUUGAGGCGCAGAACCUUAAACCGGCUGUAGCAAGAUUUCGCAUGUAAUCCGGCUAAGAAGUCACUCCUCUUCUGAAUGACUCUUUCAACCUGAUAGCUUUUUUUUCUUUCUGACCAUACUAUGGUGGAUUUGUAUCAGCAUUCAUCUUUUACUUGCUGUUCUGCGUGUCAGUAUAUAAACAAACAACAAAAAUCCAUAAUCAAGCUGCCAUUUUUUUGUCUGUGAUGUAUGAAACGCCAAAACGCUCCGUUUUCCCAUUUGAAUCUCUAUUAAGAUGCACUCAGCCUGUUAAAUAAUGCGAAAAAACUGUGGUAUGGAUUGUAGUUUAUCAACUGUAUGUUUGUAAAAAAUAGCCAAUGUAUCAAAGUGAGCUGCAGUAGCAAUACCUAAGUACGGUAUUUGGUUUAUUUAUGUCAUUAAAUAAGAAGAAUAAUAAAACAA